AUUUUAUAGGAUCCAAACACCCCCUUACGCGGAGACUUCCUUCUUCCAGCUUCAGAAAUUUUGCUUCUCGCACGUAACCUGCGACUCAUUCCAGGGCUUCGACUGUUUGGACGUCUACCGAUCGACGGAACUCAGAAAGGAGCAAUUAGUAACGCCGAAUCGCUGACGCGGACCGCCUACCUGCUACCGCCGACGCUUGGCCGCCCUGCCCCUUUUCGGCUUCUCGCCCUCCUCAGAAAUCGGCUUCUCAGCCCUCGCGUCUAGCUCCAGGUCGCAGCUCUCCAAGCCUUCAGGUAUACCUCCCCACCUGGAGAUCUCCCAUCCUGCGGCCAUUUUAUUUGUUUUACAAUUUAUACGUUUUCUUUUAUUGAUUAUUUGACUAAUAUGAAUAGUGUAGGCAUUUACUCUUGCUUUAUCCCUUCUAAAUUUCUGGUUAGGAAUUGGGAAUCUGGAAAUGCAGGUAAUUAACAAAGAUGCCCUGCUAUUUGUUGCAUAUGAAAUAAAGUUUAUCUGGAUACCCUUCCAAGUUCCAAGCUAAACUAGAGGUUUCUGAACUUUUUUCGUCCAUGUAAUUUGGCUUAUUCCCCCUUGCCCAUUCAUUGAUUACAAAAAAGAGAGAAAAACUCAAGUUGUGAUACGUGAAAAAGGUGUACUCCAAGAUCUCAGACUGUUGAUUUUUAGAUCAGACAGUUAAAAAAGUCAUGCACCCUAUGCUGCUAAAGAAGACGAAUCCCUUUUUAGUUAACGGGGAUGGCCGGAUGGGUUAAAGUGAGAGAGCAUAUCAGAGCCCUUCCCUUAUCAAUAAAGUUUGUAGCUAGUCAUAAGAAAAAAAUCAAAUUACACUCCUUAUUUGGUGAAGGGAACAACCAAUUUAAACAAAAACCUUGUUACAGCUAGAUAUGGCACUGUCUAAGAUCUUAAACCGGAAGCUUCUCCGCCACUAUCCUUCCUUAUCAGCUUCCUACUCCUUCGAACAGUUGCACGGUUGCGAUGACUGCCAGCAGUGGAAGCACCAUAUUCUCCUCCCAUUGGUACGGUCCCCAUCUGCGCUGUAUUUGUUUUCUGGAUCAAAGCAAUUUCUAGUUCCUUUGGGUGUUCAUUCAUUCUCCCGUUCUUUCUCCACUCAUGAAUCCAGUUCUAUCGAAGGAUAUACACUUCAAGAUGGAGAAUUUAACCACACUGAACCUGCUUCUCCGGCUGACCUGAUUCUUCCAGGCGACGUAGCCUGUGACGGGGAAGUGGUAGAAUCGAUUCUUCCGGUUUCGGCUCUGUCUUCAUUGCUAGAUGGCUACCACGUCUUCACGGGAUUGCCUUGGUGGUUUGUUAUUGCUUCUGGAACAUUGGCAAUGAGGCUUUUGCUAUUUCCACUUGUAGUAUUGCAACUCCGCAAGUUGGCGAGGAUCAGUGAGCUACUACCUAAGCUGCCUCCUCCUUUCCCACCACGUAAGUCACGAAGGACAUUCACAGACCAAUUCAAACUUUUCUUCAAAGAGAAGCGAGCAGCAGGUUGCCCCUCACUUUUAUGGUUCAUCUCGUCAUUUUCUAUACAAGUUCCCUGCUUUUUCCUAUGGAUUACAACUAUAAGAAGAAUGUCACUCGAGCAUCAUGAUGGAUUUGAUGUUGGAGGAACUCUGUGGUUUCAGAAUUUGACUGAAGUGCCAAAUGGCACUUUAGGCCCCAUAUUACCCUUACUGAUUGCUGGACUGCAUUUCACUAAUGUUCAGGUUUCCUUUCAGAGUUCAUCACUUAUGAAAACCAGUGGCCCUUUUGCUUUGUUAGCCAAGUACUACAAGCAAUACUUGGAGAUUCUGUCCCUCCCAAUACUGUUCAUUUCAUUCAAUUUGCCCCAGGGGAGUUUAGUGUACUGGCUUUUCAAUAGUAUAUCAAGUCUCCUUCAACAAAUUUCUCUUAGGCAUCCUGUGGUUCGUAAGAAAUUAGGACUACCAGAUAAGGAGGUUGCUGCCUUGGCAAAACAAAACAACGUAGACUGCUCUAAGGAAGAGGUGAUGAAUACUUCAAAUGAAUCACAAGAGAUGGAAAAUUAUGUCAUAAAUCCAGAUGUAAUUUCACAUCCAGAUUCUCCACAGGAGAUACCUGCUCAAAAUCUGUCGGCCAAAGAGCUUGUUAAUAUUGCAAUUUCACUCUUCGCUGAAGGUAAAAAAGAUGUGGCUCUUCAACUGAUGCGCCUUGCUCUUGCCAAGGAUCCUGAUUAUGCCAGAGCUUUGAUGCAUGGACAAUUGCAAAAUGGUUUCUCAUCAAAAGCCACUGAAAUCUUGAAGAGUUGUAUUUCUGAACUGCUCAUAAAUAGGCACCCUGCAGAAGUUGAAGAUGUCGAUCAUUUGAUCCUAUCAUCCCAAUGGGCAGGUGUGACUUGUAUACGCGAGGGGAAGUAUGAAGAGGGUAUUGCACACCUCGAGAAAGUAGCUCUAAUGAAGGAGCCAGAGGAUCCAAGGACAAAAUCACAUUACUAUGACGCAUUGGUAUUAUUCUCAAGUGCCUUAUACAUUGUGGGCCGGAAAGCUGAAGCUGCCAAGUAUUUGCACAUAGUCAGUGCUUAUGAUCCUUCUUGUAUUGAUUUAUUUAAGCAAUAUGAAACUGAUGUAACUUCUCAAGAACCAAGUGAAAAUGAAUUUGUCAAUGACCUUGACAACAGCCGUAGAGCAGAUUAGUUGAUUCUUUACUAAUCAGACGGGAAUAUAGUUUUGGUCAUUCUUGAUUACCGAAUAAUAAGUAAAAGUGUCACUCUCUGAGUACCA